ACGGAACAGCUGAUUUGGGCAUUACUCAUACGUCAGUACGGUUUGCAACGAAAAUUACUAUUCUCCUAAAUAUUUGGAAAUUUUAUUGACAAAUUAAUUAAUGUAAAAAUGUCUGACGAUUUACCAGACAAAUUCGAUUUGAUCGUUAUUGGUACUGGAUUUCCGGAAAGUUGUGUGGCUGCUGCUGCAAGUCGUAUAGGAAAAACCGUUUUACAUAUCGAUCCUAAUGAAUAUUAUGGUGGUGUUUGGGCGUCUUUUAAUUUGGAAUCAUUCUGUGCUCUUUUGGAACAAGGCGGUAACAAAGAACUACGCAAUGCUAGUCAGAAAUGGCACGUGGCUGAGACACUUAAAGUAGCGGAAGCUGAAUCGGAUACUGUAGCAGGCGAGACCAACAUAAAGACUGAUGCUGCCAAGCAAAAUGUGCUAGACUGGUCGCGCGAAACAUUGCUACAACAAUCGCGACGUUUCAAUUUAGAUUUAAGUCCAAAGAUUCUCUAUUCUGCUGGACGUUUGGUGCAGUUACUUGUAUCUUCGAAUAUUUGUCGCUAUGCAGAAUUCCGUGCAGUAGAUCAUGUGUGCACGCGAUUUCAAAAUAACAUAAUCAAUGUGCCUUGCUCACGCAGUGAUGUGUUCAACACUAAAGAUUUGAACAUCGUAGAAAAACGACUACUCAUGAAAUUCUUAACGCUCUGCAUGACUUAUGGUGAAGACAAAACCGACGAAGAUGCCUUACAAUUUCGUGGCAAAACAUUCCGUGAAUAUUUGCAGGAACAGAAGGUUACCGAAAAGAUUAGUAUUUGUGUAAUGCAAGCGAUUGCAAUGUGCAACGAUGACACUUCCUUCGAGGAGGGAAUGGCGCGUACACAACAGUUUCUCAAUAGUCUCGGACGUUACGGUAAUACACCGUUCCUAUUUCCCAUGUAUGGUUGUGGUGAAAUACCACAAUGCUUCUGUCGCCUCUGCGCAGUAUUUGGUGGUAUUUACUGUUUGAAACGACAAAUUGACGAUAUCAACAUCGAAGCGGAUACCAAUAUAGCGAGUGUGGUACUAGAAGGCAAAACUAUAAAAGCGCAACAUGUCGUUAGUGCGCCAGGACAUUUGCCUAAUGCAUUCCUACAACGAAAUGUGGGCGUUUAUGGGCAAGCUGAAUUGGUAAAUUCACUCUCUCGUGGUAUUUUUUUGUCUGCUACACCAUUGGGCUCAGAAGAGUUGAAUUCCGGUGGCGGAGGCGUAAAUUUACUUAGACUUUUGGCGGGCACGCAGGAAGCUAUACUUAUACAGCUUUCGCAUUUUUCUGGCACCUGUCCUAAAGGAGUAUUUCUCUUUCAUAUUACGACAACUGCGCAAAGCGAUCAGCCCGCGCAGGAUCUGGCGCCUUUUGUUUCACAAGUAUUCAAUCCCGACGACGAAAAUGCGCCAAAGUUACUAUACUCGGCUUACUUCACAAUUAUGGGACGCGAACGUACUUCGGCUACUCCAAAUGUAGAUGUAUCCACGACCAUAUUUUGCACCAGCACACCGUAUUAUGAAUUAGAUUACGAUAAAUCUAUAAUCAGUGCACGUGAGAUCUUCGCUAAAUUGUACGCAGAUGCGGAAUUCCUGCCACGUGCACCCGAUCCAGAAGAGAUUGUGAUUGAGGGCGAAGAUCCACGCGCGCUGAGUGAAAAUAGUUUGCCGGAUGAUUUACGUGAACAGUUGCGUGAGCUGGAAAAUUCAGCUGAAAAUAUGGAUAUUGAAGAUACAGAUGCUGCGCAAGCUGGUGAGUGCACUCAAGAGGAUGCGGAAACACAAAACAUGGAUGCAGAUUAAAAAAAAUUAUGCUCGCGAAUGCAGUGAAGAAAAAGAAAUGCUUUUGAAAUAUUACGCGUACACCACAACCAUAAAACUAUAUUAUCGUACCUUUAAGUAAUAUUAUAUAUACGCUAUAUACAUUCAUACAUCAAUGUAUACUUAUUUGCUUUGUAUAAUUUUUUUACAAAAUUUGAAAUUUGCACAUAAAAUUAAAAUUAUGCACUACAACGAA